AGCUUUGUCCUCACAGGGCGUGGCCCAGGGGGUGCCCAGAGGCGGCUCAGCAUAUCGGGUGUGCCCCAGGGUGGGGACCGUGGCAUAAAGUCUGGGUGGGUUUACGUCGGAGACCGUGGCGCAGAACCAGGAACUUGGACUGGAGGCCCAGAGACCCUGCACCCUGCAGAGCUGCCGGCUGGCAGGGCUCCCGCUGUCCCACUCGCCUGAGGCCGCAGGUAUGCCACCAUUCCGACUGCCAGCAGCUGCACCGCCGGGGCCCCCUCAGCCUCUGCGAGGCCUGCGACAGCAGCUUCCACAGCGCCAUGCAUUAUGACGGCCACGUCCGCUUCGACCUGCCCCCGCAAGGCUCUGUCCUGGCCCGGAACGUGUCCACCCGGUCAUGCCCCCCGCGCACCAGCCCCGCCGUGGACUUGGAGGAGGAGGAAGAAAACUCCAUGGACAGCAAAGGAGACCGGGCGAGCUCAGGCCUGAAGCUGUCCAAGAAGAAGGCACGGAGGAGACACACUGAUGACCCCAGCAAGGAGUGCUUCACCCUGAAAUUUGACCUGAACAUGGACGUCGAGACAGAGAUUGUACCGGCCAUGAAGAAGAAGUCGCUGGGGGAGGUGCUGCUGCCCGUGUUCGAAAGAAAGGGCAUCACGCUGAGCAAGGUGGACAUCUACCUGGACCAGUCCAACACGCCCCUGUCCCUCACCUUCGAGGCCUAUAGGUUCGGGGGACACUACCUGCGGGUCAAAGCCAAGCCAGGGGACGAGGGGAAGGUGGAGCAGGGGGUGAAGGACCCCAAGUCCUUGAGUCUGCCAAUUCUGCGGCCGGCCGGGGCCGGGCCCCCCGCCGUGGAGCGCAUGGACUCCCAGAGCCGCCGGGAGAGCCUGGACAUCCUGGCCCCUGGCCGCCGGCGCAAAAACAUGUCGGAGUUCCUGGGUGAGGCGAGCAUCCCCGGGCAGGAGCCCCCCGUGCCGUCCAGCUGCUCUCUGCCCAGCGCUGGGAGUGGAAGCGGCGACAGCUGGAAGAACCGGGCGGCCAGUCGCUUCAGCGGCUUCUUCAGCUCAGGCCCCAGCACCAGCGCCCUGGGCCGGGAGGUGGACAAGAUGGAGCAGCUGGAGGGCAAGCUGCACGCCUACGGCCUGUUCGGCCUGCCCAGGCUGCCCCGGCGGCUGCGCUUCGACCACGACUCGUGGGAGGAGGACGAGGACGACGACGACGAGGAGGACACCUGCCUGCGGCUGGAGGACAGCUGGAGGGAGCUCAUCGACGGGCACGAGAAGCUGACCCGGCGGCAGUGCCACCAGCAGGAGGCGGUGUGGGAGCUCCUGCACACCGAGGCCUCCUAUAUCAGGAAGCUGCGGGUGAUCACCCACCUGUUCCUGUGCUGUCUCCUGAACCUGCAAGAGUCGGGCCUGCUGUGUGAGGUGGAGGCCGAGCGCCUGUUCAGCAACAUCCCCGAGAUCGCGCGGCUGCACCGCGGGCUGUGGGGCAGCGUGAUGGCCCCGGUGCUGGAGAAGGCGCGGCGCACGCGGGCGCUGCUGCAGCCCGGGGACCUCCUCAAGGGCUUCAAGCUGUUCGGCUCCCUCUUCAAGCCCUACGUGCGCUACUGCGUGGAGGAGGAGGGCUGCAUGGAGUACAUGCGCGGCCUCCUGCGCGACAACGACCUCUUCCGCGCCUACGUCACGUGGGCCGAGAAGCACCAGCAGUGCCAGCGGCUGAAGCUGAGCGACAUGCUGGCCAAGCCCCACCAGCGGCUCACCAAGUACCCGCUGCUGCUCAAGUCGCUGCUGAGGAAGACAGACGAGCCGCGCGCCAGGGAGGCUGUCGUCACCAUGAUCGACUCGGUGGAGCGCUUCAUCCACCACGUGAACGCCUGCAUGCGGCAGCGCCAGGAGCGCCGGCGGCUGGCGGCCGUGCUGAGCCGCAUCGACGCCUACGAGGUCGUGGAGGGCAGCAACGACGAGGUGGACAAGAUCCUGAAGGAAUUUCUGAAUCUGGACCUGACGACGCCCAUUCCUGGCGCCUCCCCCGAGGAGACCCGGCAGCUGCUGCUGGAGGGGGGCCUGCGGAUGAAGGAGGGGAAGGACAGCAAGAUGGACGUGUACUGCUUCCUUUUCACGGACCUGCUCUUGGUGACCAAGGCUGUGAAGAAAGCCGAGAGGACCAAGGUCAUCAGACCGCCGAUGCUGGUGGACAAGCUCGUGUGCCGGGAACUUCGGGACCCUGGCUCCUUCCUCCUCAUCUACCUGAAUGAGUUCCACAGUGCCGUGGGGGCCUACACUUUCCAGGCCAGCGGCCAGGCUUUGUGCCGUAGCUGGGUGGAUGCCAUUUACAACGCCCAGAACCAGCUGCAGCAGCUGCGUGCGCAGGAGCACCCCAGCAGCCAGCAGCACCUGCAGAGCCUGGAGGAGGAGGAGGAGGGCGAGGAGGACGAGGAGGAAGCGGGAGAGAGCAGCGCUUCGGCUGCCAGCUCCCCUACCAUCCUGCGCAAAAGCAGCAACAGCCUGGACUCCCAGCACAGUGCCUCGGAAGGCUCCACAGAGACCCUGGCCGUGGUGGUGGUGGAGCCUGGGGAGAUGCUGUCCUCUCCGGAGUUCGAGGGCGGCCCCUUUAGCUCCCAGUCUGACGAGACCUCUCUUAGCACCGCCGCUUCGUCCAUCACGCCCACCAGCGAGCUGCUGCCCCUGGGCCCCGUGGACGGGCGCUCGUGCUCCAUGGACUCUGCCUAUGGCACCCUCUCCCCCACCUCCCUGCAAGACUUUGUGGCCCCAGCCCCCGCGGCGGAGCCAGUGCCCCAGGUCCCGGAGUCACCGCCGACUCCCUCACCCUCGCCCCGCCUCCGCCGCCGCACCCCAGUGCAGCUGCUGCCCCACCUGCCCCGCUUGCUCAAGUCCAAAUCUGAGGCCAGCCUCCUCCAGCUGCUGUCGGGGGCCGCCGCUCGUGGUGCGCCCCCGGUCCCCAGCCGCAGCCUGUCAGAACUGUGUUUGGCUACUCCAGCCCCUGGCCCUGGGACUCAGGCCUCCCCUCGGGAAGCUGGGCCCAGCUGGGAUGGCCGGGGGCUACCAAGCCCUGGCAGCGGCCCGCGGCUGUCAGAAUUGGAGGGUGGAGCCAGCUGCCCGGCUGGGGGGCCAGAAGCACCUGCCAGGAGGAGCAGAGAGCUGCCCUCAGGAACUUCACCCAGAGUCCAGCCCGAGCCCCCCCCAGGGAUCUCCGCCCAGCACCGGAAGCUGACGUUGGCGCAGCUCUACCGAAUCAGGACCAGCCUGCUGCUCAACUCCACGCUCACCGCCUCGGAGGUCUGAGCCGAGGGAGGCCUCCAAGGGUGCCACUGACCAGGGGCCGCAGACAGCAUGUCUCCCGGGGUGAGCCAGUCCCUGCUCCGACAGCUGCCUCGUGUCUGCGCCAGCUGGAGCACCGGGCAGGACCCUGCCCCCACCCUGGGGCCCGAUUUGCACUUUGCUGGACUGGACGGGUGGACGCGGAGGAGGGCUCCUCGGAGCCCCGAGCCCAGGCCGCAGCACCCCUCAGGAGUGCCCCGGGGCCGCUGCUGCCGCUGAGCUGCACCUCCCCACCUGCCACCCGCCUGGGCAGGAGCCCUUCCCCUCCUGGAGGUCCCCAGCUCCAGUCCACAGGACUGGGGUCCCAGGCCGCCCUUCCUUCCCCCCCGUCUGGCCCCAAAGGGCCUGUCCCCUGCCCGCCCUUCUCCCUCUCUCCCUCCGGUUGGGGUUGGGCUUUAUAUAAAGUUGCAUAUUUAUUGAGCUUUGGAUUCUUUUAUAAAGACUUGUAUAUACUCGCUGGACAGAGUCCUUUGUCUUUGGAACCACCUUUCCCAGCUCGGGGCUCCGGCUGGGAUGCCGUCUGCACGCCUGACCCCCUUCAUCUGCAGUGGGGCACCGCUGGGAGAGACUGGGAAGCAGAAGUGAACUAAUGGGGGGGGCACCACACCAAUCCCCCACCGUCGACUUUCAGCCCCUCCCCAGCCUGAAGGCCCGCUGUUGGAGACCCCUGCCCGCGGCUGCCCUGUGGGCUUGGGCCGGGUGCCUCAGGCUUGCCUUAGAGGGCCCCUAAGUCUUGGCUUCUGUCCCCCACCCACGUGUGUCUGGGGAAGGCGGGUGGGUCUCUCAUCCGGGUAUUUGGUCCCAGCCCUCGAUGGCCCGGGGCGGGCUCUGAGGCCUGAGAGAGGAAGUCAUUCACUCUGGUCUCACCUCGAAGUGGUGGUCUCCACAGGGGGAGAGCCAGGCGUGGGGACGGGAUGAAGCCCGCAGGCUACCAGUGCCAGGUGAGCGCAGGUGUACCAGGAACAGACCUGGGGGCUGAGGGUGCUGCUUCCUGGGUCCCAUCCUGGCCCCCACCCUGAGGCAGUGCCUCUGGGUGGCUAGGGGCGGGGCCUGGGUGCCGGGCUGGGCGUGGAACCCCAGCAGGCAGGGUAGAGAAGAGCCAGGAAGCCCCCAGCCAGGCCUAUGCACGCCCAUA